AUGGCCAAACGAUGCCUUCCUUUUCUUUUGUUAUUACAGCUUUGGUUACGACUUGCUGUCUCCCACUCAAUUGUUAAGUUUCUUCCUGGGUUUCAGGGGCCACUUCCCUUCCACCUUGAAACCGGAUAUGUCGGCGUGGAUGAAGCACAGGAUGUGCAGCUCUUCUACUACUUCAUCAAGUCUCAGGGGAAUCCUAAAGAGGACCCUCUUUUGCUUUGGCUAACUGGUGGCCCUGGUUGUUCUUCCUUGUCUGCUCUUGCUUUUGAAAUUGGUCCAAUCAGAUUCGAGGAAAAGGAGUACAAUGGGAGCUUACCUGCAUUGGUCUUGAAUCCAGAUUCAUGGACACGGGUUGCCAACAUAAUAUUUGUAGAUUUGCCUGCUGGCACUGGAUUCUCCUAUGCAAGAAACCCACUUGCUUUCCAGAGAAGCGACUUCAAGCAAGUUUCGCAAGCUGAUCAAUUUCUUCGAAAGUGGCUAAUGCAUCAUCAAGAAUUCCUCUCAAAUCCAGUUUACAUUGCCGGUGACUCUUACUCUGGCCUGAUCGUUCCAGCGGUAGUUCAAAAGAUUUCUGAUGGUAAUAAUAGUAAAUUGACCAUUGUCAUAUCAAAAUGUGUUGAGAAUUGA